AUGGCAUGGGUACUUAACGCGACACCAGAGGUUGACAGAUCCUCCGAAUACCCCAAGAUUAUUGGUAUCACUGUUACUUUGACAGUGCUAGCACUAUCUAUUGUCACAGCCAGAUUGUACAUCAGAUGGAAAGCUCGAGGUAUGGCGGGUGAUGACUGGAUGUCUGCCCUGUCCAUGGUUUUCGCUUUGAUCUAUUCCUGCAUUUGCAUCGCUCAAACGCGAUAUGGCCUUGGCCUCCCGAUCCCCGAUCGACCGAAAGAGAAUAUUACCCUUCUAUCAGAUCGGCAUCAGUUUCUUCAAGAUCGCCCUGUUGAUCAGCUACCUGAGGCUCUUACGUGGGACGGACCACAAAACCUACAGGAAUGCCAUUUGGUUCACGAUUGCUCUUGUGUUCAUGUCCCAUCUUGGCUGUACACUAGCACUGGUGUUUUCCUGCAGUCCAGUGAGUCUCCCUGCAUAUUUGAAGCAUUGUCGCUAACUUUCCAGGUUGACAAAUCUUGGAAUCCCCUCAAGGAGGGAAAGUGUCUUCCUCCCGGACCAUCCUUCACUGGAUACGCCGUCGUUACGAUCGUCUCUGAUGUUGUGGUUGCCAUUCUGCCGAUUCCAGUGUUGGUGAAGUUGGAGAUUAAGCUGGCAAAAAAGAUUGGUCUUAUCGCCAUCUUCACAUUGGGAAUCUUCACAACAGUCUGUUCAAUCCAGAGAUAUCGCCAAAUUGAUAGAAUCCAGAACCCUAAAGACGGUAACUCCACCAUGCUGGUCCUCUGGGGCACCAUUGAGUUCAACGUCGGAAACAUUGUCUCAUCACUCCCAUUCCUCGCCCCAAUCUUCAUCAAACGCGCAAAACAAUACCGAUCCAAACCAUCCAGCCACAACACCCCGAGCCGAAGCAAGAGAUUGGGGAGCAAUGGGUACAAGCUCAAGGAUCUCAGCCAUACAGGGAAGAAGGACCACUCUACGUUUACAUCGGUCGAGAACAGUUCUCAGGAGAACAUUCUAAACACAACAGGUGGUAUUGUCAAAUCUGUUACGUACACAGUCGAAGUAGACAAGGUUAAGUCGGAAAGCCUAGAAUCUGGUAGCAUGCGUCCAUAG